GGAAGAAGAAGCUGCUGCAGCCAGCAGCACAGAACUAAUAACUAAUAAUAUGGGUCGUCCCAACCUCGCCGUCGCCGUGGUGGGGCUGGUGGUGGUGGUGGCGGCGUCGCUGCCGUCGCCGUCGCUGCAGCUGUUCUUCGACCUGUCACAGCUCAUCAAGUCCGGCUCCGGCUCCGGCGGCGGGUUCAGCAAGUGGGUGGUGCUGAACCAGGAGGACUACGUGAUGAAGGCCUCGGUGUACGCCAAGAAGGCGGUGGGCGACACCGGCAAGACCAUCGACGAGAGCCUGUCGUCGGCGGAGGCGGCGAAGGUGACGUACGUGGUGGACCCCAAGGGGACACCGAGCAAGACGACGUUCACCAACAUCACGGCGGCGCUGGCGGCCAUCCCGGAGGGGAACAAGAAGCGCGUCGUCAUCGACCUCAAGCCCGGCGAGUACCGGGAGAAGAUCUUCAUCAACAUCAGCAAGCCGUACGUGACGUUCGUGUCGGACCCGCUGAAGCCGGCGGUGAUCGUCUGGAACGACACGGCGGCGACGAUGGGCAAGGGCGGGAAGCCCGUGGGCACGGUGGGCAGCACCACCGUGGCCGUGGAGUCCGACUACUUCGUGGCCUCGGGCGUCGUUUUCAAGAACGACGCGCCGCUGGCGAAGCCGGGGGCCAAGGGCGGGCAGGCGGUGGCGCUCCGGUUGUUCGGCACCAAGUCGGCGCUGUACAACUGCACCGUCGACGGCGGGCAGGACACGCUGUACGACCACAAGGGGCUCCACUACUUCAAGAACUGCAUCAUCAAGGGCAGCGUCGACUUCAUCUUCGGGUUCGGGAGAUCCUUCUACGAGGGCUGCACCAUCAUCUCCGUGGUUAAGGAGGUCGCCGUGCUGACGGCGCAGCAGAGGUCCAAGACGAUCGAGGGCGCCAUCGAGAGCGGCUUCUCCUUCAAGAACUGCACCAUCAAGGGGCAAGGGCCGAUCUACCUGGGCCGCGCAUGGGGGGACUCGUCGCGGGUCAUCUACUCCUACACGGAGAUGGGGAAGGAGGUGGUGCCCGUCGGCUGGGACGGCUGGAACAUCGCCAAGCCCGAGAGCAGCGGCAUCUACUACGGCGAGUUCAAGUGCUUCGGCGCCGGCGCCGACGCCGUCAACCACGCCAAGAGGGUCGGCUGGGCGCUCGACCUCACCGAGGAGCAGGCCAAGCCCUUCAUCGGCGUCCACUACAUCUUCGGCGACUCCUGGAUCCUCCCUCCACCCAAAGCGGGAGCAGCGGCUUCAAGUUCAUCGGCGACGGAGAGUUCCAGUGCACCGGCCGAGUCUCCGACGUCGGGGAGUGCGGCUGCACCGUCCGCAUCAUCCAAGACGGCCAAUGCGAGUGCACCAGCCGCAUCAUCCAAGACGGCGUAUUCAAGUUCCACGGCGAGUGCACCGGCGGCGUCGACUAAGACAGCGAACUCGAGCGCGACGGCCUCGGCUACAUCGACGGCGACUUCCACUGCAACAGCCACGGCUAAGACGGCGUAUUCAAGUACACCGGCGGCGACCACGACGGCGACGACGACGACGACGAAGGCGCGAUGAGUUCAUCGGCACGUACGCCCGCACUAUCUACUACAUCCAAGUGAUCUUUAUUCAUCAAAAAUUUAAAUAAUUCUAUCUACGUAAUCAACUGGGCCCAAUUAAUUAUUUUUUGGAGGCCCGUUGUUUCGUUGUGUUGCCUUAACUGGGCCGGAUUGGUCGGCCGGCUAGCUACGUAGAUGUUUCGCGUGUACACGGUAUAUAUACUUGUAGUUUCUUCCCAUUUUGUUUGGGUUUUUUAAUUUCAUGAGUGUACGUACGCAUGCAUCUUCAUCAAAUUGAUGGUGAAUUCAAUUUUACCAAUGUGUAUUUGAGAAUGCAAGUGCGAUUCAUCUGUACAUGUGCUCUACGU